AACCUCUUUCUGCAUACGAGGGAGAGGAUUAGAACCUCGCCAAUCUCCAACCAUGGAUCUUGUCCUCGACCUCUCCGACGCCUCCACCGCCCUCUCCCUCCCCCACAUCCGCUACCAACUCAUCCGCCUCGAAGACACCGUCCUCUACCACAUCAUCGAGCGCGCCCAGUUUCCCCUCAACGCAACAAUCUACGAAGCAGGCGCAAUUCCAAUCCCAAACUCCCACCUCUCUUUCUCAGACUGGGUGCUGCGCGAGCAGGAAAAAUUACAAUCGCAAAUCCGACGCUACCAGAGCCCCGAUGAAUACCCUUUCUUCCCCGACGCCAUGCAGCCCUUACUCCUCCCGCCGCUCGCCUAUCCCAAAGUCCUAUACCCCAACGACGUCAACGUCAACUCGGAAUUGAAGCGGCGAUACGUCAGCAAUAUCCUGCCCGGCUGCUGCAUGAAGCCCGCCCGCGCCGAGCGCGCCGAAGCGCAAGAAAACUAUGGCUCGGCAGCGACAGCAGACGUCAGCGCGCUGCAGGCCCUCAGUCGCAGAAUCCAUUUCGGCAAGUUCGUCGCGGAGUCGAAAUUCCAAUCCGAUCCGCAAACCUUCAUCCGCCUGAUCAAAGCCGAGGACCGUGCGGGAAUAGAUGCCGCGAUUACGGACGCAAAGGUCGAGCGUAAGGUGCUCGAGCGGUUGCGGAUGAAGGCGGACAUGUAUGGCACGGAUCCGGGGAUGAAUGCCGAGGCGCCGAGGAAGGUCGAUGUCGAUGGUGUGGUGGCCAUGUAUAAGGAUCAUGUGAUUCCGUUGACGAAGGUGGUGGAGGUGGAGUAUUUGAUGCAGAGGCUGAAGGGGACGGAGUGGGAGUGAGAGUGGGAUGGAGGGAGGUUACGGCGGACAUGAGUCGCUUGAAGAAUGUGGGUUGGACCCUUCGGCAGGCGGCCGAUUCAGCUGUCCUGCGAAGCACGCGUGAGGGACAACAGCGAUGAUCGCUGCGGACGAUCAACCCCUGCGCUGUUGGACAGAAUCAACAAACCAGUGAUUCGGCAGUCACUGACCUGAGCAUAAGGAAAGCCGCGAGACUCAAAACUUAACUGGACAAGACAAAUCUAGAGGGAGAAGAUGAGCGCGCUCAUGUAGAGUAUAGACUAUACA